AUGGCGUCUUCCAACGAGGCCGGAGGUGACGCACAGAAGCCCAAGAAGCAACUUCUCCUAAAUGCCUUCGUGAUGACGACUCCCGGGCAUCUGUCUCCGGGAUUAUGGAAGCACCCACGGAACCAUACAGAUGACUACAAUAAACUUAGCUUCUGGACCUCGCUCGCGCAGCUUCUAGACAAGGGCGGCUUCCACGCCAUGUUCAUCGCGGACACUCUGGGUCCUUACGACGUCUAUAAGGGCCCAGCUAACGUCGACCCGGUCCUCGCCUCAGGCGCGCAGUUCCCAGUCAACGACCCUUUGUAUACCGUGCCCGCGAUGGCAGCGGCGACGAAAAAUCUCAUUUUUGGUGUUACCGCUUCUACUACUUACGAUGCGCCGUACGCCAUGGCCCGGCGAUUCUCGACAGUCGACCACCUAGCCGAAGGACGGGUGGCGUGGAACAUUGUAACUUCGUACCUCGAAAGUGCGGCCAGGAACUUCGGGCUAGAGACGCAGAUCGAGCACGAUGAAAGAUACCGGAUUGCAGAGGAGUAUAUGGAUGUAGUGUACAAGCUUUGGGAAAGCAGUUGGAGAGACGAUGCCGUCAUUCGGGAUCGUGAAAAGGGCCAGUUCGCAGUGGCGGGUAGAGUCCGGCAAAUCAACCACAAGGGGAAAUACUUCCAAGUACCGGGCCCGCACAUUUCGGAGCCGUCUCCCCAACGUACGCCAUUUCUAUUCCAGGCCGGAACAUCCAAAGCCGGAACAGAAUUCGGGGCGAAACACGCAGAGGCCGUGUUCAUGGGAGGUCAGCUCCCAGAAUUGGUGCGAAAAUCGGUUGACGCGCUCCGAUCCACAGCCAAGACGUUCGGUAGGGACCCGAGCCACAUUAAAGUAUUUACAGGCGUUACCGUUAUUGUCGACGAGACGGAUGCGAAGGCGCAGGCUAAAUAUAAGGAGUAUCUUUCGUAUGCUGACCGCGAAGGCGCGCUUGCGUUAUUCGGCGGCUGGACGGGUAAUGACCUAUCGUCGUUUUCCGACGAUGAAGAUUUAGUACUCGUCGACAAGCCGGCUAUUCGUUCUUUGAUAAAUCGAUGGUCUACUACGGUGCCUGGCACAGAAGGGUUAAAGUGGACCAAAGCUCGAAUUGCAGAAUUCCUUUCAAUUGGGGGCAUGAUGCCCAAAAUUAUAGGAAGCCCCAAAACGGUUGUAGACGAACUGGAGAGAUGGGCUGAGACAGCUGACGUGGAUGGUUUCAACUUAGCGCAUGUGGUAAACCCUGGCUCGUUUGAAGAUAUCAUCGAGUUUGUAAUUCCCGAAUUACGAAGAAGGGGGCUAUUCCGAGCGGAGGCUGAGCGUCCAGGGGUUACGGCUCGAGAGGUAUUUUUCGGACAGCCGCAUCUUCUAAACGACCAUCCGGGUUAUCAGUAUAAAUGGUCGACAUCUUAA